AGUUUCACAGUUGGGAAGUUGGACAAGGCCCAAGGUGUUCUAAUGGGCACAACAUCGAAUUGUUUGGGGUAGUGAAAUCGUGAGUUUUGUGGAUAUUCACCGGUUGGUCUUGAAGUAUUGAAAAUCACACGUUUUGGAGCACCUCCUGGGGUAGUGUAGUUUUGUUGGUGUGCAUUAAACGUCUACAGUUGAAUUUUAGGCACUUCCAGGAAAAUAGUGUACACGUCCGUCAUUAUGAUUUUUUUUAAUUUCGGGUAAAAUGCACAGAAGUCAUUUUUUCGCCUGGUUUGCAAACUUGUACAAUGCUCGGAUGGGCCACAAUCAAAUUGACAAACAGAUCAGACUGGAGGGGCACAACGUGCCCUCGCUUUGUCAACCAGACCCUGGCAUCACGUUGGCUCCUUCUAGCCCCGAUAUGGACGAUGGCAGUAGUAAGAGACAAGCCACAAGGGUUUUUAAGAAAAGUUCCCCCAAUGGAAAGAUAACGGUUUAUUUAGGGAAACGGGAUUUCGUGGAUCAUAUAGACCACGUGGAUCCAAUAGAUGGUGUUGUUCUCAUCGAUCCUGAUUAUGUAAAAGAUAGGAAAGUUUUUGGCCAUGUCCUGGCUGCGUUCAGGUACGGCCGAGAAGACUUAGACGUUUUAGGUUUAACGUUUCGUAAAGACCUGUAUUUAGCAGCUGAACAGAUUUACCCACCGGAAAGUAAAAACAAAAGAGAGUUGACUAGGCUACAGGAACGCUUAAUUAAAAAAUUGGGACCAAACGCUUAUCCAUUUUAUUUCGAAUUGCCGCCACAUUGUCCCGCAUCUGUAACACUUCAGCCUGCUCCAGGCGAUACGGGCAAACCGUGUGGUGUCGAUUAUGAACUUAAAGCGUUUGUUGGCGAAUCACAAGAUGACAAACCCCACAAAAGGAAUUCGGUUCGAUUGGCUAUUCGUAAGAUAAUGUAUGCACCAAGCAAGCAGGGAGAACAGCCGUCAGUUGAAGUUAGUAAGGAGUUUAUGAUGAGUCCGAAUAAAUUACAUUUAGAAGCUUCGUUAGACAAGGAACUUUACCAUCAUGGAGAAAAUAUCGCUGUCAAUGUUCACAUAGCCAACAAUUCCAAUCGGUCCGUUAAGAAAAUUAAAGUUUCCGUUCGGCAAUUUGCCGACAUUUGCCUUUUUUCUACCGCUCAGUAUAAAUGUAUAGUUGCCGAAACGGAAAGCGAUGCAGGUUGUCCGAUCCCGCAGGGAUGUACGUUGAAUAAGGUGUUCUCAGUAAGGCCGCUUUUGGCCAAUAACAAGGACAAAAGAGGUUUGGCCUUAGACGGCCAACUAAAGCACGAGGACACGAAUUUGGCCUCGUCCACUAUAGAAGGCUGUCCCAUCGGCCCAGGCUUCACUUUGAGCAAAGUGUUCACUCUAACACCUCUUCUGGCCAAUAAUAAGGAUAAGUGGGGCCUCGCCUUGGACGGACAAUUAAAGCACGAGGAUACUAACUUAGCAUCGAGCACUUUAGUUGCUGAUCCGUCUCAAAGAGAAAAUUUGGGGAUUAUUGUCCAAUAUAAAGUUAAAGUAAAAUUAUGUUUAGGAGCUCUGGGAGGGGAUCUAGUAGCCGAACUUCCAUUUAUUUUAAUGCACCCCAAACCCGAGGAAGAAACACCCCCUCCAACUUCUGUUUCGCGUCGUUCUAGUAAAGAUGUGGGGGCUGAUGUCCCCGUCGACGCCAAUUUGAUUCAGUUGGAUGCGGAUGAAAAUAAUUUGCAAGAUCACGACGACGACAUUAUUUUCGAAGAUUUUGCUCGGCUUCGGUUAAAAGGAGGUGAGACUGACGCAUGAAAGAAGGUACAGGCUCAGGCUAUGCAGCCUGCCCGUCCAUUCCAACCCAUACGUACUGAUGUGUAUAUCAGCUGCGAUUAGGUGUGAACCCAUGAUCCAAGUGUGUGCCCUAGUCAUCGGCUGUGCUGCCAGUCACAACCAGAAUGCACCCAUUUACCCAUCCAGGGCAGGCGUUUUUAACGUACUUUUUGCAUUUUGGGCACUCGUAGUUUAAUUGCUUUGAAUUUUUUUUUCAAAUGGAAUACUAGUCAAGUGUUUGAGUGCCGCGAUUAAAAACCCCUGCCCUACACAAAUACUUUAGUUUCGUUUUCAAACCUCUGUAAAAUAGCUUAUCUCAAAUCAAACUUGAUUUCUUAUCAUUUCUGUACCUAGAUUGAAUUCUAUACCUAUUAUCAGAAGCGCAGAGUUGGCUAAUUGAGUAGUGUUUUUUGUAUGUUUGCAUUAAUUUAGUGGUGUUAGUGUUUAUAUAAAAUUGUGCACAAUUUAACUGGCUGUAUUUAUUUCUUUUGUAAAUAAUUAUUUCCAUUUUCAUUUUCCUCUCGCUCUUAUAAUGGGUGUAAAAGUUUAAAUUACUCGCAGAAAAUAAUAAAAUAACGCUACAUACUAAUUUUACAAUUAAAUGAUAACUUUGUACUGAAUUUAAUUAAUAAGUAUUUUGUAUUACUUUUUUAAAGCACUUUUAUACUCAAAUAUAAAGUACUGACUAUUGGUUGUAGUCAUAAAUGUAAAAAAGGCUGAUAACAACAAAUUAAAUAUAUUUUUGUGUCAGAAAUUGGAUUGGAUGAAUGAUCAGCAUUGAUUGUGAUUACAACCAUAGAUUUUUUGGGUAAUUAGUUAAGUGCUACUGUUACCUAAAUGCAGUUCAACACAAAAACGUUUUUAGGGUUAAUGUUCGUAAAAAUGUAUGUAUGUUCCUCUUUCUGUAUACACAAAGCUUUUCUUGAAAUUAUUUAUGUGCUAUCUUUGCCGUGUUUUGUAUGUUGUCUUUAGCAUUGAUCAAACUGACUCAUGCAUUUAUUUCAAUGCCACAAGGAGAAAAUAUUUAUCACUACGCAAAAACAUUCUUUUCAUGCAUACUUACUUAGAUAAUUUGCUGUAAAAGCAGUAUUGUAUUUAUUAAUACUUGUGAUACUUUAAUUUUACGCUCAAUUCAAAUACACAAAUUAUUUUCUAAUCAUAUCGGUUUGUAUUUUCCAACAAUGUAUUUUUUCACACACGUUGUGCCUUGUGAUAAAUCUAUUUUCUUCACACUAUUUAAUCAUCGUUCUUUUUCUGACCAUCAUCAAAUGUCGCCGCAAAACUGUCUAUUCUACCUAUUAAUACAUGUUUUUUUUAAUUUCUCGUUAUUUUGUUUUUUCGAAGUAUACUAGACUUGCAUUUUCGUUCUUUAAGUUCUUAUGUAAUAUUCUGUAAGAUAAUUGUGUAUACUAAGUAAAUAAAAUAAAUUAGGAGUA